AUGGUGAAUGUAGCAAUCGCGGGUGGGACAGGUGCUGUCGGGCGCAGUCUCGUGGAGGCGAUGGCUUCUCAGGAGACGCAUCAUGCGAUGAUUCUCACUCGCAAGGGCUCAAACAAAGGCGAGAACGCACUUGCACCAGUAUUCAAUGUCGAUUAUAGUGACGUCGAUGCUCUGAAGUCAUUCUUGGAAGAGCACAAUGUUCACACCGUCAUUAGCGCUUUUGGCAUCACCGCCACAUCACUCGCGACCUCGCAGCUCAAUCUCAUCAAAGCUGCGGAUGCGUCCAGCGUGACCAAACGAUUCAUCCCCAGUUCUUUUGCCAUUCCUUAUCCUGAAGAUGGUGUCGCCAUCCUUCCGCCUUUGGAGCACUAUUUCAUCUCGCUCAAGGCUCUCGAGGAGACAAGCCUCGAAUGGGCUGUUGUCCACAACGGCACCUUUCUCGACUACUUUGCACCUCCGGCUCUUAAGACAUACCACCCCCACAGCGUUCUUGUGCUCGACAUGGAGCACAAUGCCGCAGGCAUUCCAGGCGAUGGUAACACCCUGGUGACCUUCACGUACACCAUGGACGUUGCCCGGUUUGUCGUUGCCGCUGUGGAUCUGGAAAAGUGGCCUCGCGAGCUGCGCAUCAUCGGCGACGAGCUGACGUUCAAUGAGUUCGUGGCCAUUGCGGAGGAGGUGAAGGGCGUCAAGUUUCACGUCGCGUAUGACGAUGUUAAGAAGCUGAAGGCAUCGAAGGUCACGGAGCUACCUGGUCAUGCGGCUUCGUAUGACAAGUUCCCCAAGGAGCGGCUUCAGUGGUUCCUGGCCAUUUUUGAGAUGUGGAUGGCCACGGGCCGUGGGCGUGUCCCGAGGGAGGGGAUUCUGAAUGAGAUGUUCCCGGACAUCAAGCCUCUGACCGCCAGGAAGAUGCUCGAAGAAUAUUGGGCCCCCUCGAAAUAG